AUGGAUAGUAGCUUUGCUAACGCUUCAGUCAGUGAAAUCUUAACGGAUGAUUUACUAUCCACCAGUUUAGAUGCUUCUAUUUAUCGAUCGUCAUCGUCAUCGGAAAAUGAAGAUAGCGAUCGAAAGCCUGCCAAAAGUGGCGGGAAAAUCAGCAAACAACGAUUAGAACGAAAAGAGUUAAGGCAUACCUUGCAGAUAUUGAAAUUAGAGUUGUCGCAAAAGAGUGCUACUAUUGAUAACCUUCGAUCUGAAUAUACAAUGAAAAUAGACGAUUUAGAAGAUCGAUUAGGCGAAGCAUUACAUCAGAAACAAAUUAUUCAAGCCCAAAUGGAAGCGCAAUUACAAAUGCUGCAAGAUAGCUCAAAGAAUCGAACUGAAAAAAUGACCGACAAUAUGGCAGUUAUUCAACAGCGACAACGCUCUCUAGAAAUGGCUAAUUUAGAAUUACAAACGCGCUCUGGUGAAAUACGCCAUACCUUAUCAAAUAUAGAUAAUUUCGAACAUUUAUAUGAUGAUUUAAACGACAAAAACCCUCACGAGUUGGCAUUACCUCAUUAUGCAGUGCUUAAAUUUUUUGAAGCAAUCCGACCGUUAAGGCGAGAAAUCAAUGAAAUAAAAACCUUGAACAUUGAUUUAAAUGACAAGAAUCGUAUACAAUCGGAGCAAAUUUUCCAAUUGCAAGAUACCUGCGAUCAACUACGUAAUGAAAAGACAGAUAUGAAUAUCCAAAUGCAAAAGUUAACUUUAGAGAAUGAGGAUUUUAAGAGUAAGAUAAAAGCCAUAACCCAUAAAGAAGUAGCAUUUGACCAGCUAGAAAAAGAAAAGCGAGCCCUUGAGCAAGAAGUACAGAUGUUAAGAAAUGCAGCAUCGAUAGUGGAAGGAACAUUACAUGCUAGGACAACGGAAAGAGAUGAUUCAAGCAAAGAGUUGGCAGGUUGUAGGCAAGCACUAGCCAUUUUACAGCAAGACAAAGUAUAUCUUACAAAACAAGUCAAUGAAGCCAAUUUUAAAAUCUCUCGUUGUCAAGAAAAAGCUGAAACUUUGGAUGAGCAGUUAAUUACGGCUAAACGUGCUAGAGAAGAAUUGUAUGAAAAGUAUAUGUCUUGCAGAGAACAAUAUAAAACAGAAUACGAAGAGCGUCUAGCAGCUGAGCUAAAGAAUCUACGAGGUCAAACUGAAGCUGAAAUGGAAAGAUUGAGAUCCACAACGAGAGAUGUAUACGAUCGCGAAGGUCGGCAGCUACGUGAAGCUCGUGAAAUUGCAAUUCAUGAGCGAGAUCGCCUUGUCGUCGAGCUGAAAGAGGCUAGAGGAAAUUAUGAAAGUAUAUUAAAAGAAUUACAUCGACAGCAAGCUGAUACAGAUACAAAAUUAAAUGAUCUGCUAACUGCAGCUAAGGUAUCAUCAUUUGAAAAGGAUCGCAUUCAACUCAUUUAUGAAGAGAAUUUAAAGUCUUUACGCAAUUGCAAAGACCAGAUUGAGCUUCUUCGAAAGAAAAACGAGGUAAUCCUUACCAAAGAAUUAUAUUCACUUCAAUCAUCAAGUGAAAAGCGUAUUCAUGAGUUGGAGACAAAAGUCACCGACAAUAACGGCAAAUUAAGAACAUACGAAAAAUUGGAGAAAGAAUUAGACGAAGUAGUCAUGCAGGCAGCAGAAGUGGCUGAUGAGGCAGACGCUGAGCAGCUCUUAUACUCGUAUGGCUAUGGCGCUAACAUACCCAGCUCUUCAAAAAGACGACUACAGCAGAGUGUUCAUUUGGCAAGAAGAAUCUUAAAACUAGAGAAGGAUAAUACCAAACUUAAACAAGAUUUACAAAAUUAUCAAAUAAAGAAUGAGCAAUUAAGCGAUGAGGUGGCUAAUAGUACCAAGUUAUUAAAUGAUGCUCAACAACCUUAUAAUUAUCUAAUUGAGAGCAUAAAAACCAGAGAUCAACAAAUAGAAACUCAUAAGAAAUUAAUUGCCAACUUACAGAAUGAUACCAAGAACUUGGUGCGCGAAAAGAAUGACUUGUUAAAGCAAAAAAAUCAAUUGAGUAGUUCUCUUGAAAGAUUAUUGCUGAAUAGAAAGGUAGCAUAA